AUUAAAUUAUUAAUAUAUUAUUUUAGAACGUAGUGAUUAUAUUCUCUUUGAUAUUAAUAGUAAUUCCUUGAUUAUAUUUCGUACUUUAUAUCUCUUCCAACAAUAGGUAAUAUGUUAGACACUCAGGUGUUGACGUAAAAAAACAUCUAUUCAUAGCAAUAGUAUCCCACCAAGCUGUUAAUAUCUUGUUGCUAAUCAUAUCUAUGUUGCUAAUAGCAAAAUUCCAAUAAUGUUUUGCUUGCAACGAAAAGUAUUUUUCAAUGUCCAGAAUUUGUCAUUACCUAAGACUCAACCAGUUAGGUUUUUUUGGGAGUAUGUAAAUAUGAUGUUUAAUAAGCCAGAUCCAGAACGUAUUAAAUCGCUAGGCCCUGAUCGAGCUUGUGCUGAAUGGGUGCUUCGUAAUGGUGGAAAAGUUGUAUGGGCAAAUGGAAAAAAACUUGAAGAUUAUAAUUCACUUCCACCAGAAUCACAGCCUGUGCCAAAAAUAGUUGAGAUUGAUGGGACUGAUUCAUCAAUAUCACACUAUGGAUUUUCUCAUUUAAGUGGCUGCACUAAGUUGGAAAGAAUAAUUCUCCAUAAUAACAAAUACAUUGAUGACAGAGCAAUGAAGGGACUUUCAUAUGGACUUGCUACAUUAUCACAUGUCCAAGUUUCAGAAUGUGUAAAUGUCAGAGAUCAAGGGCUUAAGGAAAUUAAGGUGUUAAAAAAUCUACAGACGUUAAUUCUCUUCAGUUUGUCAAGUGUAUCAGAUCUAGAUGGAUGCAAGCAAUAUCUACAAUCACAACUGCCAAAAUGCAAAAUACUCGGGAAAGAAGAUAAAAUAAUAAACUGAAAUAUUCAAGGUGUGUCCUUAAAUUGAAUUGUAUAUAAAAUCAACAAACCAAAGUUUAUAAUAUUUAUAUACCAUGUAAUAAAAUUAUUUUGGCAACAUAA